CAUUAACAGAACUACCAAUAGGGCUGCUCAGCACAAAAAUGAAUAUGUCUAAGAGUUCGAGGGUCCACUUAAACCAAACUCUGGAUGAGCCCUUGAAUACGGGCUCAAAUUAGAGUACCUUACAGCUUCAAGGAAAGGAAAUAGGAAAUGGCACACGAAGUUGGCCAUGCUGAGUUCGACGUCACGCCGCUGCAAAAGGCGUUCCUCGCUCUGGCCGCCAAGGUGGACCAAUGCAUGCGAGAGAAUGCGCAGCUAAAGGCGGAAGUUGCGGAGCUGCGGGUGGGCAAGCGGCUGGAUGCUUUGGAGCAGGGGCUGCAGCAGCUGGCGGAGACGGCGGCCAGUGGCGGCGGCGGCGGCGGGGGAUUGAUGAUGAUGAUGGGGGGAGGCGGGAUGAUGAUGGGGGGAGGAGGCGGCGGCGGCGGCGGCUUCUGGGGCGGCGCGCCCACAAUGACCGGCCUGCUCCCGAGCGCGUCGCAGGAUAAUGUGGGCAGCAUGUUGGUGGGCGCAACCGGCGCUGCCGACGGCGCCGACGGCGAGCCCUACGGCGGCGGCGGCGCCGCAGCCGACGGGUUACAUCGCGCCGCUUCCGCCGCCAACGCCGCCGGCGGGCAGGUGGCGGCAGGCGGCGGCGGCGGCGGCGAUGCGGGCGUUAGCACGUCCGGCCGCACGGCGGCGGCGGCUGCGGAGGGCCGCACGCCGUCGCUGACGGCGGGCCGAACGCCGUCGGCGGCGGCGCCGUCAGUCAGCGGCCCUGGGGGCGCGCCGUCGGCGGGGCGCAGCGGCGGCGCCGUCGCCAACGGCGGCGGCGGCGGCGGCACCGCUAGCCCGUUGGGCCGCGCGGCGGCGACGGCGGCGGCACAGCCGAUGCAGCAGGCGAUGCAGCAGCAAGGCAGCCGGCCUAGCUCACACAUGCAGCAGGGGGUGCCCAUGUUGGGCGGCAGCGGCGGCAUGGGUGGCGGCGGCAUGGGUGGUGCUGGUGGCGGCGGCGGCGGCGGCGCGGGUCACAUGGGCGUGGUGGAUCCGGUGUGGCUGGUGCAGGAGGUCGUGGGGCUGAGGGACCGCGUGGGUGCGAUGGAGCGCAAGGCGGAGGCGCUGUGGCACGUGCAGGAGGAUGACGAGGCGCUACGUGGUGCGGUGGAGCGGCUGCGUGCGGACGUGGUGUCGCUGCAGGGCAAUGUGCAGGAGGCGCAGGCCUCCGCCGCCGCCGCCGCCGGCCACGCGGAGCGCCAGGCGGCUGACGCGGCAGAGGGGGUGCUGUACGCCAAGGAGCUGCAGGACCGGGUGCACACACUGGAACUGGGGGCGAUCAAGACGGCCCUGGCUGAGAAGUUAGAUCUCACCAAGUUCAGCGAGUUUAAACUGCAGGUCCGCGCCAUCCUGGCUGACGUGGAGGACCGCCUGCGGGACUGGUCGCCGCUGGCUCUGGGCACCAAGGCGCAGCUGGGAGCAGACGGCUUCGGCGGAGGCGGAGGCGGCGGCGGCAUGGGCGGCGGCGGCGGCUCGGGGGCGCCGACCUGCCUCCUGUGUGACAGCCGCGUGCGCACGGUCCGCGACCUACGCGCUAUGGGCUUCCAGGACAGCGACCGCGUCUUCACACCCGACCGCCUGCCGCUCACAGACCCGCUGCUACCCAGCAUACAGGGCAACCGGGCUGCCUCCAUGGGCGCACACCUGAACGCCCGGCUGGCGGGAGGCCGCACCGCCUCCGAUGCCCGCCUGCGCUCCACCUCUUCCCUCAUGGAGUCCAUGCCGGCAGACGGCAUCAGCGGCAUCGGCGGCCUGGGCGCCACAGGCGGCCGCCUCGGCAGCCCCGGCGGCGCCGCCGCCGCCGGAGGCGGCGGCGGCGGAGCCGCCGCUGCCGCGGCGGCUGCCGCCGCCGCAGGCCUGGGCGCCGCCAGCGGCGCGGGGCACUUGGCGGCGGCGGUGGACGCGGGCAGCUUUGCCAGCCUGCCGGCGGCGCAGAGCCGGGAGGAGCGGCUGGCUGGGGUGGGCGCGGCGCGGCAGGCGUCGGCGCGGGGGCUCAAGGUCAAGGUGGAGACGGUGUCGGGAAGCAUCAUGAGAGGCCAGCUUCCGGCGGGUUCGGGAGCGGGCGCCGGAGGAGGCGGAGGUGGCGGGAGUGGGCACGCCGCGGGCUCGGGCUCGGCGGCGGCGCGCGCGCCGCGCAGCCCGGUGGCGGCGGCCGCGACGGCGAGUGGGAUGCCGGCGGCGGCGGCGCACCAGUUGGUGGUUACCGGCGGCUUGUCUCCGGCGAUGGCGCACCACCACCAUGCAGCGCAAAACGGCGGCGGCGGAAGCAUGGGUGGUGGCGGAGAGGGUGGUGGUGGUGGUGGAGAGGGCGGGGGGAGCGGCGGGCAGCUGCAGCCGGUCAGCCCGUGGCGAGCGGAGCCGCCCAGCCCGUCAUUGGAUGCAGGGCCGGGCGGGCUUCUGGGUUCACAGGAGGCGGCGUGAGGAACAGAGGAAGGAGGCGCGCGGCGUGUGUGUUCACGUGUUGUGAGGCGUGGCGUUACGGACCUCGCGAUUUGAGACAGAGGCAUGGGCUGUGUGGACUGUGUGGAGCCGAGGCCACUGAACAGAUUGACAGAAUGACAGAAAGGGAGGCACCAGCCCGUGAUGCAGAUGGUAUGGCGGCGGCGGGUUUGCGAUCCGCUUGAUCAGGGGGGUCCGGGGGGUUCAGAAUCUUGCACGUGCCCGCCGCCCCUCGCAUGUAGAAUGCUUGACUGGUGCCAGCACGUGAAGCCGGACAGCGCUGAACCGUCGCCCGCUGAUGUGGGGCUGUAGUGUGCGCGGCCCACGAGGCGAUGUUGGGCGGUAGUUCUGCUUGGGUGUUCACGGGUCAGACCGUGCUGCCCCCAACUCUGAACUCCCUCACACCAUACGCAUUAGUUUCG